UGCAGCUGCCGCUUUCCACUGAUGGAUGUUAACAAGUAGUCUCGUCCUACCUAUUGGCUUGCAUAAAGUGGCUGCAUUCUCUUCGACUGCAUGCUUCAUUUCGUUCCCCGGUGCUACUGCUUCACAUCGUUGCUGCUUCAGCCUCUAGCAAGGAACCCCAAAUGGGGUCCGCGCUCGGGAUGCGGUGUGCGGGUCUCUUCGCUUUCGCAGCUCUGGCUAUAGUGGGAUUUGCAUGCGCUGAUACCUCCGAGCCCUCUCAAGGUGAAUUCACAACAUGGCUGAAGUACAUGUCGGAUACCUCUGACAACGACGCAGUGGAUGAUGUAGCACCUGUCGCGGAGGCGGAUACCGUCACAGGGACAUGGACUGGCGGUGACCUUUACAACCUUGACAAGGACCAUGGUGAUGAAGCUAAGAAGCCGAAGGUGAACAGGGACAGCAUUGGCGUGUUGCCGAAGCCCACAGGGAAGCCGAAGAAAGUUGUCGUUUCUCAGGAUGGCAAGGGCGACUUCAAAACCAUCAACGAGGCUCUGGACUCUAUCCCGUUGAAGUCUACACACCGAACGAUUAUCCACAUCAGAGCCGGCGUAUACAAGGAAAAGAUUGUGAUCAACGAAACGAAGCAUUACAUUACGUUCUUAGGCGAUGGAAUGAAUAAAACUGUCAUCACAUGGAAUGACACGGCGGGAGACUUCGACGACCAAGACGUGUUGCUGAAGACCUAUCGCAGUGCAACAGUUGGAAUCAGCUCAGAGUGGUUCAUCGCUAAAGGUGUAACGUUUGUGAACACAGCACCAUCACCACCUGCAGGCGCCAUUCUCCGUCAAGCCGUGGCUUUGCGCGUGACCGGUGACAGAGCAGCGUUCUACAACUGUUCGUUCUAUGGCUACCAAGAUACCCUCUAUGAUCACCGAGGUCGUCACUACUUCGAGAAUUGCUACAUCCAAGGCUCCAUCGAUUUCAUAUUCGGAAACGGCCGCUCGCUAUACAGGAGCUGCAAACUGCAUGUGGUUGCGGAUACUUUUGGCUCCUUGACGGCCCAGAAGAGGAACGAAACCAAGAUGCACACGGGCUUCUCCUUUGUGGAUUGUCAUGUCGAUGGCACAGGAAUCAUCUACCUGGGGCGAGCGUGGGGCAACUUCUCUCGCACCGUGUACUCCUACACCUACUUUUCGGACAUCAUCUACGGACCAGGAUGGUCAGACUUCGGAUUCCCGCAACGCCAACAGCAGGUGUUGUUCGGGCAGUACCACUGCUAUGGUCCCGGAGCCUCAUCUCCCGAGCGAGUUCCUUGGGCGAAGUACCUCUCUCCUGAGGAGGUCAAGCCAUUUCUAUCUGUAGGAUUCAUCAACGGCAAGAAAUGGCUGCCACAUUACAUUAAGAAACCGAAGUUUACGUAAAAUUGCAACAAGACUUAUUUGUGCGAUGUUUUCCCAUAACUUGUGAGGUUCGAACCUCGGCCAACUGGUCAUGUUGUGAGCAAGCCGUCAGCGAAGAGGGCAACUUUCAGAGUAAGAUAUAUCUGGCGAAGCUGGAUGUGCACUGGAUUAUUGACGUGUGUGUGUGUUUUGGAGAAGGGCUGCAUCCUUGAGUUCUCCCCCAUUUUUUGCUACCUGAACAGAGGGUGUCGACUUCUUAGAUUCAUGGGUCUCGAUCUAUCAAGGUCGUAUUAGUCUAGAUCUUGGAAUCAACUUAAAUGAAAAAAUAUUCCUGCAGUGUGGUGGAGCACUUCCUUCUAAAUAAAGAGUCUCAGCUUACUUUCAUCA